AUGAUGUCCCCCAGUAAGGGCAGCAUGGCCACGAGGCGCUCACCGCUCAAGGAGACAAACGCCAACCUGAAAACCGGAACUGAUAUGGUGAAAAGACGGGCGGUUGAGAAACUUGAAUUGCAGCAUAGAAAAAGGGCCAAGACGGCAGAGACCGGCAGAAGAACUAUUGAAGGCGCCGUACAGACCCAGAGGCAGGCAGAGUUCAAAAAAGUGGGCGAGAGCGCAAAGGUUACGCCGCGUGAUUUGCUGGAAUGGCAGACCAACUGGAAGCGCAUUAUGCGACGUGAUACGAAGAUUUACUUUGAUACCACAGAGGUCGCGGACGCUAAAUUCAAGCCUGACAAGCGCAAGGAGCUUAUGCGCCGUGGUUUUGUCUCACUAGGUGCCGAAAUAACGCCCUUUUUCGACACGGACGUGACGAUUGUCAUUACGCAGAGAGCCGUCAAGGAUUGCGAUCGCUUGCCUGAGACGGACGUGCUGGCCAAGGCGUCGAAAAGAUACAUGAAAGUAUGGAACUACGACAAGGCGGUCCGGUUCUUGAAGAACCUGGACGUAGACCUGGACGCGUUGGACACCAAGGCGCCGGCCGCGCCAUCCACGCUUUCGAACCUCCUGCAGAACGAAAAGCUCUACGGGCCCUCCGACAGAGAUCCCAAGGCCAGGCGCGACGACGUCCACUACUUCAAAUACCCGCAUGUGUACUUGUACGACCUGUGGCAGGUGUGGGCGCCGAUCAUAACCGCCGAGUGGCGGCCGCAGGACUUUGCGAACCCGGACCGACUACCAUAUCCUGUGGUCAAGCCAGGGACGUUUGGGCGGUGUCCCUUCAUCGGAGACGGCCACUGCGACGAGAGCAGCGCCAAAAGAAUCAUCAAGCGUUAUAAGCGGGACGCCUUGAACGAGAGGUACGCGCUGCAUCUGCGCGUCCUGUACCAGCACUCCGCAGAGCCCCGGAACCUGGUGUUCAAAGAGGAGGACUCACGGCCGCUGAUUCUGCCGAAUAGUUUCCCAAACUCUUAUAAAAGCUACCGGGGUUUGCUGAGCGCAAACCAGCCGGCCGAGGAGGCUAAGAACAACCGGUCGCCGGAGCCCGUCUCCGCCAAGUCCACGACGUCUGUGACUCUGAAGCCGCCAUCAAAGGCGAUCUGGAGAGCACCGCAGCUGAACCAGCCCGCGCUGCUGCUCUCACGGCAGGACACCGAGGAGCUGGCCGACGACCUCUGCCGCAAGAAGCCCCGCAUACCACAGGAGAUCAAAGCCAGUGGCGUCAACCCGUCUAAUGACGGCGCCGCCGGCGCGGGCAACGGGCUAGCCCCCACCAAGGCCUCGGUCAUGAACAAAAACAUGAAGUCCUUGAACCGCCUAGUGGUCGACAAGAAGUUCGCCAACACCUCAACGGGCUCCGCGGCUGAGCCGCACGCAGCCGCAGGUCCCAAACCCGCGUGCGCGAGCCCACGGACAGGCGACGACGCGGACAAGCAAAAGCAAAAGGAACUCAAGCAGCAGCAGGACCUCAGACGCAACGACACGCGGCUAGGGUCGGGCUACUGCGAGAACUGCCGUGUCAAGUACGAGUGCCUGGCACACCACAUCAAUUCCGAGAAGCAUCAGCAUUUCGCGCACGACGACAUCAACUUCGAGGCCAUCGACUCGCUAAUCGAGAAGCUAGCAGCAUCGCGCGCGCUGUCCUGCAGCUACUGA